AAAAAACAAAAGACUUUUCUUGUUCCUUCGGCACGAAAAAUUAUUUAAUGGCUUCGCUAAAAGAUUGGGAUGUGCUUCGCCUAUCGACACUGAUAACGAAUGUGAACACAAAGCUAUCGGCCAGCGUUCGAAUCGACAAGGAGUAUCAGCUGCUGUGUCUCGUGCGCCAGAAUGAUCAGAUACUGUUCCGGUACAUAGAUCGUCACGGCGAAGUACACCUGAUGCUGCUAUGUUGGUUCGCCGAGAAUCAGAAAAAAAUACAGGACGUGUGCUUCGAUAAUGCUGGUAGCCGUUUGUUAGUGUUUUGUUAUGACAACACGCUGCACAUUGUGCCAGCGCUUGCAAUUUGUGAUAAAUCGUACGAAGAUGGCAAACGUGCUCCGGAGAUUACCUCCUUCAUUGUCCCGUUCAUUGGACCACAUGAGUGUCCGAAUCCCCAAACCUGUCCCAACAAUUCGCACAACAAUCAUCCACAGACGGGGGGUUCAUCACACCGGUCGUCAGUUGCUUCGGAAGUCAGCCUUAAGGGUACGGGGACCAGCGGCGGUAGUCCAUCGUCAGAACCGAAUGUCAUAUUUGACGCACCGACUAUCAAAAAGUCCAGCUCAACCUACACGACGCACAAAAUCGAUGAAAUCUUUUCGCUCAACACCAUCUACCGGAAGUUGUUUCUGGAGCAGCUAGAAAGGGCACGGGCGGAAGAGAAUGCAAAUCGCAGCAUAUCGGCCACCGGAACCGACACACCGAUUGCGAUGCAAACUAUCGAAGAUUUCUUUGCCGAUGGAUGUCAGCUAAAGGAAAGUGUGGCCGGGGAGGGUGUGUCAAAAUCAUCCACCCCGCAGGAAACGUUCUCCAUAAGCUCUAGUUUGGGGUCAACGGUCUCGUUAUCUUGUCCAUAUCCUACUUGCUGCAGCUGGUGGAAAACGCUGGCGAAUGAGCCGCGAGCUAUUUUAGGUUAUUCGGAUGGGUCAAUAUGUGUUGUAGGCCUAAUGCCCAAUUGCUCCUUUCUUGGCGAUACAAACUGCGAGCGAGGAUCGAUCGAGAAGCUGAUCAUUUGCCAGGAUAACAGCAUGGAAACGAUCAGCCUGAUGAUAAACACCUCUACCAAAGAGCAAUGGAAACUGCUGCUGGAGCAGAAAUCCAUCAAGUACACUUUCCCGGGCGUCAUCACUCCGACCUCAGUGCAGGAUUUAAAAUCGGAGCUGCUGAAAUCGUUAUCAUCAGACGGCACCGAAAGUGAGGGUCGUUCCGUACCGAUAGAGGACUGGCAAAUAGUGCUAUCACUACCAAAAGAUGGUGAAUCAUCCGUUGGAAAUCAGCAACGUCAACCUCUUUCAAGUACGCAGCAAAACAACGAAGGAGAUAGCAACGAUUCAAGUCCCAACAGCUCCGAACCACCCUCAGGUGAUGAUUUCGAAAAGGUGGAAAAUGAAUCGGAAGGGAACGACAAGACAGGUCAGCAACAAGGCGCACUGCCAAAGCUGUUUCCGGCGGCCAAAGCACGGCUACUGUCCUUACGUGAUCUUGGCGCAAAGAAGAUUGGCACACUGAAGCUUAAACUAUCGGAAAGUCGUAUUCGUGCGAAGGAACGCGAAAAGUACAAGGAACAGGCAGCUAAUCUGGCGGUGAUGGAACUGCCUGGGAUGUAUCCGGAAAUUCUUACCACUCCAGCCGGUCCGUACUUUGUGGUGCAGUAUUUAGAUGGGAAGUAUUUGCUCAGUGCACUCCAUUCCUAUUCGGACACGCUGUCGGUGCACAGUAUGGACAUAAGCUUGAUACCACUGCACAUCUACAAGCUGCCGAAGCAGUGCCAUACGACCUUGCUGACUAAGAAUGUGCUGUACGUGCUACACAGUCUGUCGGCAGACGAACCCGUAGAUAGUCCACCGGAAGGACCAACGGACUCCAAAUUGGAUGCUAAUAACUCGACCGAUGAAACUAGCAGCAGUUUAACUGAUACUGGUGCUCCGAAUACAGUGAGUGUGGUCAGUUGCAAGAUUGCGUCGAUGAAGAUGGGUGACGAUUGUGAUUUCAACGAGCAUUCUCUGUUGGGCGAGUUCCACUUUCCGGACGAACGUGUGAUCGAUAUUCAUCGUGUGUCCGCUCCUUCUGGGCAUAAAACCGAAGUUGCAUCCGAUACCGACGCAGUCCAACAGCCUAACGUGUCGAACACGAACACCGAGACGAACGAAGGACGUUCAAUUUUUCAAAAGUCGGCCGUCUCGAACUAUCUGCGAAUUCAGCGCGGAUUGCGUAUGGAGCGUAAACUAGACAUAUCGGAACAGCAGGUGAUGGCGGAAGAAUUUCCAACCAUCGAGUUUGAUCAAGCGCUGAUUGUAACCGAUCGCAAUUUGUACUCGGUUGAGCUGGCGGACAAUGGGAAGAAUCUGUUCCUGAACCUCGCCCACAAGUGUAUUUGGGCAGCGUGUGAAGAUUUCUGUGCUACGUUCGGUCUCCCGUUGGCGAGCUGUAUCGAGUACGCUGGGGAUGUUUUGCUGCGUAGGAAACGGAUCUCGGAAGCGCUGAUGACGUACAACGUGGCUCGACUUUCUCCAAUGAAGACGGCACUAAAGCUGGCACUUGCCAACGAAAGCAAAGCACUGAUGAAACUGUCCGCUAUGGCGCUACGCAAUACGCACAUCAUUACCAGCCAGUUUCUAAUGCACGACGUUAUGCGGCAGCUGGUCGAUGAGGCACAUCUCGGGAAUGUUGUGUAUGAUUCUUUGAUGAAUCUAAAUUCUCGCACAACUCUCAAGCCCAUUAACACCGGCGCCCAGUGUAGUGACUUUUCCUACGACAGCGACGACGUUAUGCUGGAUGUACAGAUUUCACCCUCGGAUCAGUUUCAUCUCUCAAAUUUGAUGUUUUUAACGCUUUGCGAGCGCUGUACGGCGGACAAGAACUACAUCCCGUUAUGGAAUUAUAUUGUAACGAAUAGCAAAUAUCAUACGAGCUUAGCCUGCAUUAUGCUUGCCCACGGUAAGCUCUACUCAACGGCUGUUCUGCUUGCGAUGACGCGCGGAACCUGUUUGGAUGUGUUCAGCUGUCUCGUCGGCACCUGGGAGCAAACUAUCGCCGAAACGCCGGCAGCCACACCGGCCGAAACCAACGCGUUUGUGUACAAUCUGUCGAACGAGCUAUUUAUGGAGUGUCUAAUCUAUCUGCAAGACUAUACGAUCAACUACUUCCAGCUGAUCCGCAAAUAUCUCGACGUGUUCGAUAUCAACGUGCUGGAACGCUUGAUCCACCAGCUAAACCCAUUUCAUCCCGUCUUUCGUCCACUGAUGCAUCGACUGUCGAACCACGAAAGCACGGCGAGGGAACCUUCCGGACGUCAUUUGCUAUUUUUCUGCAAAGCAUUGAUCGAAACGUUCCUGGCCGUAUCGAUACGUGCGCAGCAGCUAAAAAUGCACUGCGAGGGAUCGUUCCUGAAUGCGCUGAAGCACGUACGGGUACAUCAUGAGGAGCGUGCGAUCGAGAUGCGCUUGACACGCUUUUCUCCGAUCGCUACUGGGUUCUUUCAUGGGGCAGCCGUUGUUAACCAUGCGGCUUACAUUUGGGGCUCGAAUGGCGUUAACUGUGCGCUGAGUCGUACCGCGCUGCAGGGAGAUGCGAUUGGACCAAAUGGACAACCGCCGGCGCUUAGCUUCUUGCGUCAGAUCGAGCUUGAUGUGUUAGCUGUUCAGUGUGGAAGACUGCAUACUCUUUUUCUCACAAGCAAUGGGCUGUAUUCGAUGGGAGCGAACAAUCUGGGACAGCUCGGAAUUGGGAAUCAUGUUAUAAACGCGCUACAACCAAUGCUUGUAAAGACGCUGGACGGCAAAAGCAUAACCCAUUUUGCAGCCGGACAGUAUCAUAAUGCGGUUGUGGCGAAUGGAUUGCUGUACACUUGGGGUUGGGGCGUGUUUGGACAGCUAGGCCACGGCACGGUAAAUGAUUGCAACAAACCAAAGAUUGUGGAAUUUUUCCGGAACAAGAAAAUUCUACAAAUUGCUCUAGGCCAUGCUCAUACGAUGGUACUGUGCCGUGGCCACCAGGAAACACGUAGCAGCCUUUACGUUUUCGGUUCCAAUCACUACGGUCAGUUGGGUUUGGGACAGGAAGAUCCAUUCGGUGUAACCGUCGACACACGCAAUGGAAAAUCAUUCUUGAUAUCGUUAGUACCACGCAAAGUAAUGCUCGAAGAAGAAGUAUCCGUUAUCAACACAAAGCUGUUCGUGAAUCUCGUUUUGACCACUACAAACAAACUGUACACAUGGGGAUCUUCACCACAAGCUUUACGUUUAGCGACGCAAGCAAGAAAGCGUGCAAAAUCUUCCAACCACAGCAAGAGUGGUGGUAGCUACUCAAAAUUCAGCUCCAUUCUCAGAUCGUCAUCGAAAUUGCAUGAAACGGAAUCAUCAUCCAGCGAGUCGGAAUUGUCCUCGACGGAAAGCAAAGCACAACAACCGGCCGAAGAUGAAACAUCAAGCAAGGAAACCGAAUCUAAGACAACGGAAGAAUCGAGCAAAAAUCAGGAAUCGGAAGUGAUGGAAGAAUCAACGAACACUGCCGUUGAUCAGUCGGAUGAAGACGUUGUUGCAGGACAAUCAGAAGCCAGUAUUACAAUUCCGGAGAUAAAGAUAACUGAUGAUAGUCCGGCUAGUAGUGAAAAGCUCCUUGCGACAAAUGAAACGGACGAUAAGCCGACUGCCGCCAACAAUGGAGAAGAAGCAAUGGAGCAUCUAUUCCCAUCGUUUGUCGACACUUCGCUGGUGGAAGGAAGAAUUGUAAAGAUUUCGAGUGGAUUGUAUCAUUUUGCGAUCGUAACCGAGGACGGUUCCAUUUACACCUGGGGCAAAAACAUCGAACGUCAGCUUGGUCGCGAAGGUGGUCGCAAUGAGGUACUGUUACCGACCCGGCUCGAAAUGGUAGACAACGUGAAGCACGUAGAGUGUGGUGCCGACUUUACCCUCAUCAUGACGAAAGAGCAUAUUGUAAAGGCUUGGGGUAACAACAAUAUGGGCCAAUGCGCCAAAGAGAUCAAUCUCGAUCGUACCGGAAUACCGGGCAAGUUGGUACGGUUGCCGAUUUCGAACCGUGUCGUCCGAAUUCCAGAUAGUUCGCAGUUCAUUGAAGCUCCGUACGAGGUGAAGCUGCCGACAAACGAUGGACUCGGCUACGACGAGUCGCUACGCUUCCUGAAAUCAAUGCCAAAGUUCAGGCGUUCGUUUGUGAUAAAGAGUGCGCUGGAGAAGCAAAUUAGCAAUAAUAUUUCGACAAUAAGCUCCAGCUUGAACGAUGUCAGCAAUGCCGAGGUGGAUGAUGUGGUCGGUGAGUUGCCGGAUUCGCUGGGCGAGGGACGAUUGUUACAACAACAGCACGCUAACAGUACGAUGUCUUCGCUGCAAUCGGUGUCAUACGCUACGUCGCCGACAUCGCUGGCGUUGGACGAUGAGGAGGACGAUGAGGAAGAUGAUGAGGAUGAGGAAGAUGACGGCGAGGUAAAUGAAGAAUGCGACGGUAGAAGGUCAAAUGGAGUGACGGACCGUUCAAUGGAUACGUCACGUCUGUUCAACGAACGCCAUUUGUUAGGGAACGAUUUUAUCCACUACUGCCUGUACAUCUUUCACGGACUGUACAGUCAAGACGAUGUCUUGGAGUUGACCAAACGUGGCUCCGAGUAUCAUAUCCGCAUGUUGAUGCUGAACUACGACUACGUGGAGGCGUUCCGAAUGAUACUGGAGAUGCUCUCGUCUUCGCUGUCGUCGUCCGCUUCAGCAGCGACAAUUGCCUGCCAAACGCAAAACAUGGUUAAAAUCUUCGAGUACUUCACGAAAGACUCCAACAUUAUACCGAUGGAGAUGGGUAACAUCAAGUACUUUAUCUACGAACUGUUCAUGUUCUUCGUACGGCACAAUUUAAAUGUAAACGUGCUGGAAGAAUUCUUUCUCCGCAAUCUCGACUGCUACCUGGUGCAGCUAGCAUCCGUACUGUACUUUAACAAUCUGAACAAUCUGCUAACAUCCGCGCGUGUAUCGACGACCGGUGGAACAUCCGCGAUCGAUACGGAGGUACUUGCGCUGGAGCGUAAACUGCUGGACAAGUUUAAUAACAACAACGGCAAUCCAUUACUUACCGGGGAACUGUUUGGACAAGUGAGAACAUCUGCUGGUGGUAGCGGUCAGGUGAUGCGUAAGCUCGAAAAUACUGAUACAAUUUGCAAGGCACUCAGCACCACGUUUAAUGUGACCGUGUGCCAGAAGUUGCUGGAACAUUUUGACCGCUUUAAAUGACUAAACGUGUUUGG